GGAGCGCUCCGAGAAUGAGGCCCGCUGACGACUCGUCGAUCCGGUCAAAUUCUGCCAGUCGCGUCGCCCUUGUGACCGCGACUCCCGGUUGAACUCAUAAUCCCGCAACGUCGUCGCACGUCGAAUCGGGGACACCGCGAUGAUCUGCGGCAGAUUAGACGUGGCCAAGGACAGCUGUCCGCUCUCGUCCGUGCCGUGCGCGUACUCGAGUUAACCAAGAAACGAGAAAUGGGCCACUGUCAUCGCGCGUCGACACGGUCCGAUAGCGCCUUAUCGAGGCGGAAAUUCGAGCACCACCUCGGAUAACAAUUUGUUCACGUAGCCCGCGAUAAUCGUAUGGUGCGCGUCAGCCGACGAGGGGAAGGUCCGGGCUGGUCAUCGUUACACGGAAUUUCCCUUCGCGUACCUAGGAGAUAAAAUGAGAUAAAAACGAGGUUCGGUCACCAGCGUUACGUGCACCUCGCACUUCCCUUUCCACCGAAUUACCUCGUGUUCUUCCCACCGAAGGAUAUAGCUCGUCCUGCCUGUCUCGUUCCAAUCUCCGUCGAGAGGUCCGUGAUCUUGUCGGAUCACGGAGAGGAGUUUGACGUUUCUCCCUUCGGAAAGCGUGACGAGGGGAAGAUCCACAGCGAUUGGAAUCCAGCUGUCGCGGCUUGUAUCUUCGAACGAUCGUGCAGUGAUUGAGCGAAAAGAGGCACUCGAACGAUCGAGAUUGAUCGAUCCGGCGUGUAUUUGCGAACGGGGAACAAAAAUUUGUAUUAUAUUUACAUCGUUUUGUGAAAAAGAUUAUAAAUCACCCUGAGAAAAUGUUCUUGGCGAGAGUCAUUAGAAAAUCCGCGGUGGCGGUGAGCCCGGUCAAGCAGAAAUGUAAGCUGUAUUCGCAUCACGCACCAUCGAGGACUACAGUUCAUCCUACCAUCCCUUUGGGGUCGUUGCGAUUUUGCAGCGACAAGCCGCCCAAGUGUUGGAAUUGCGACUACGUGUACAGGUCCGAGCUGUUCUGCUCGAAGUGCAAAGUGCUGCAGGAAUUGCCGCAGAACCUGAACUAUUUCGAUAUCAUGGGAAUCAAGAGGGAUUACAAUGUGGUGAAUGAGGAAAUUCACAAGAAGUAUAGGGAGCUGCAGAAAAUGCUGCACCCCGAUAAGUUCGGUAACAAAACUGAGAAAGAAAGGCAAAUCUCAGAGAAGUUGUCGUCUCUAAUAAAUAAGGCUUACAGUACGUUGGCGCAUCCAUUAAAACGAGGAUUGUAUAUGUUGCAAUUAAAAGGUAUAUCAAUACCAGAAGGCACUACCAGCCUGAAUCCAGAAUUCCUCAUGGAGAUUAUGGAACGUAACGAAGAGAUAGAAAACGCGAUAGAGGACAAAGUUAAGGUCUUGAGACUAGCCAAAGAAUCUAAGGAACUGCUCGAUACAAUGUCGAAGCAAGUGGCAGAGGCCUUUAGUAAAAACGACAUUGAAAUGGCAACAAAGAUUUUGAUAAAAAUGAAAUAUUACGAUACCGUGGAUAUUAGAUUAAAGAAACUAAAGCACGAUUUAGGUAUAGUAGAAUAAAUAUAUAUAAAUAUGUUGCAAUGCUUUUGCAAAUAUUCUUUUCUCUCACACGAAAAAUUUUAAUAUCCCCUUGCUCGCUGUAUAAAAUGUAAACUAUGUUUUUCUAUUGUAUUACAUACAUAUACAUCUAAUGUGAAUAGAUUUUUGGAUCUUAGAACUCUUGUAUAUAUGUACAAUCGCAUUUUAUCACGUUGAUAAACUCGUUUAGUUGUAACAAAUCGUAGGAUAAGUUUAUAUAUAUUGUUAUUUUAAUUGAUUUAUUUUAGAUAAUGUAAAUAUAACGAGAAUUGAAAAAA